AUGGGCAACUGAUGUGAACCUGCUCAGAUAAAUAUGAGGAAAAGAACUGAAGCCUCACAAAAUAUGUCCGGAAUAAUGGAAAUGCUAGACAAAGAUGGACUCAAGUCAGUGCAUUAUUUAUCCCAGAAUACAAUGGAUACUAGUGAAUCGACUCAGGAGAAUCUGUCAAAAUACGAGAUUCACCAACUAAUCGGAAGAGGCUCCUACGCCAAAGUUUUCCUAGUCUCCCGGUGCCUGACUGGGGAAAAGUAUGCCAUGAAGGUACUGAAAAAGUGUGAAAUGGAGUGUAAAAGAGAUGUCAAAAGAGUCUUUAUCGAGAAAGAUAUCAUCCAGCAUCUUGAUCAUCCAUUUAUUGUCAAAUUAUACUCCACUUUUCAGACAAAAGAUAAGGCUUAUUUUAUCCUAGAUUUAUUAAGUGGUGGUGACAUCUACAGUCAUAUUAUGAAGGAAAAGCAUUUCACAGAGGAAAGAGCAAGGUUCUAUGCUGCUGAAAUGGUAUUGGCCCUUGGUCAUCUCCAUGAUAACGAGAUUGUAUACCGAGAUCUUAAACCUCAAAACAUAGUUAUCGAUAGUGAAGGCCAUGUAAAGCUUACAGAUUUCGGACUCUCGAAAACGAAUUUCCAGCAGGAUCAAAAAUAAUACUAUUUGUGGAACAAUGAAGUAUAUAGCUCCUGAGACAAUAUCUGGGGAGAAGUAUACAUACACGAUAGACUGGUGGAGCUUAGGAAUUAUCCUGUACAGGAUGUUGACAGGCAAGCUACCUCAUCCUACUUCGAUAAACAAGCGAAUUCCGUACUAUAUAAUCAAUUAUAACCUACCUUUCAAAUCUGAACUGCUCUCUAAACCUGCUUAUGACUUAAUCACUAAACUCUGUGUAAGGAAACCUGAGCAUCGGUUAGGAGCCGGAGGCGUCAAUGAGAUCAAAGCUCACCCAUUCUUUAAGGAAAUUGACUGGGAAAAGUUAUAUAAUAAAGAGAUAGAACCUCCGUACAUACCUAGAGAAGAACUUCACCUUCAAGAUAAUAUCAAGGGAGGAAUCGAAGACACAGUUGUGAAAAGCAAAAAGAAGGGAGCCUUUAGUGAAGAAUACUUCAAGAACUUCUCCUUUGCUUCACCAGAAGUAAUGGACAGCUCUGCCACAAUGUACGAAGAAUUUGAAGAAAAGAAGGAUUCUUGGUAACUAAAUCUACCAAAACUCAAAGAAUUAAGGAGUCAUCCUCGGC